AAAAUGGCCCCACCAACCUUCGCUGAUCUUGGAAAGUCCGCCAAGGACCUCUUCAACAAAGGAUACAACUUUGGAUUCCUCAAGAUCGACUCCACCACUAGAGCUGGAGACAACAAGGAGGUUGAGUUCAAAUCAGCCGCUUCUCACAAUAUCGGAUCCGGAAAGCUUGGAGGAAAUCUCGAUGUCAAGUACAAGAUCCCACAAUACGGAAUCACUUUGACCGAGAAAUGGAACACCGAGAACCAGCUCGGAACUGUUAUCGAAGUUAAUGAGCAAUUCGGACGUGGACUCAAGGUCACUCUCGAUUCUCUUUAUGCCCCACACGCCGGAAAGAGAAGCGGAAAAGUGAAGCUCGACUGGGCUCUCCCAACUGCUAGAGUUACCGCUGAUGUUGGAGUCACCUCUGCUCCAGUUAUCAACGCUGCCGGAGUCUUCUCCCGUGACGGAUGGCUCAUCGGAGCUGCCGCCACCUUCGAUUCUUCAUCGAAUAAGUUGGCAGCCACUUCUUUGGCUUUCGGACACUCCACUCCACAAUACACCCUCCACUCUUUCGUUAUUAACUCAACCGACUUCGGAGCUUCCCUUUACCACAAGGUUGCCUCCAACGUCGAGGUUGGAACUCAACUCGGAUGGAAGGUUGGUGGAAACGGAGCUGACUACGCUCUCGCCACCAAGUAUGCUCCAAGCCGUGACCUUACUGUCCGCGCCAAGGUCAACAGCUCUUCCCAAGUUGCCGUUGCUGCCACACACUCCUUGUCUCCAGCUCUUAAGCUGACACUUUCCACUCAAUUCAACCUUGCUGCCAAUGAUGCUCACAAGUUCGGACUUGGACUCGAAUUCGAUCCAUCCAACUAGAUCUUCCGAUCACUUCCAUUCUCCCAUCAAUAGCGUUCUUAAAAUUCUUUUAGUCCUCAACCGUUGAUUUUUCAAUGUCGAUUUAUGUUCUCUAAACUUCGAAAAAAAAGAAAUGUCAUGCGCUAUUUACUUUUCUGCUAAAUUUUACAAACAUAAAUUAUUGAGUU